AUGAAAUAUGUAUAUUCCAAUAAUCAACAUCUAUCUGAAAAUGAGAUCAAAACGGAAACUAUCGUUUAUCCGUAUAAUCAUUUAUAUAGAAAUGUCAAUAAUAAUAAUAAUCAUCUCCAAAAAAUUUUUAUUCAAUUAUCGCAAAUUAGUGGAUUACUUUCCUAUUGUUUUUCAUUAAUAUAUCACGACAUUGUAAAUAAAAUCGAUUUUGAUAUGAAAAUGUUUAGUCAAACAUUUAAAAAAUCGGAUAUCCCAGAGGAAUGGGUGGAUAUUAGGAAAGAUGAAGCGAGCAUUAGUAAAUUUAGAUUGCUUUUUGCAAAAAGUAAAAUUUCACACAAUACUGACCUUUGUGAGAUUAUUAAAGAGUUAAAAGAAAGUGAAAUUGCUAAAGAUAAAUUCAUUUUGAAACCAGAAGUUCAAAAGUUAGUUGACAAGUAA